UAACUCCCAGAGGUCUCUGCGCGUUCCCAGGGGCGGGGCAAUUGGCAGCGACUCCCUCUAAGAGAUGGCAGAACCUGCUGGAUCUCAGCGACGCUCGCUGUACAAACAGGUGGGCUCGGCGUCCUGGAAAGAGGCUUUCAGGCAGGGAUGCCUGGAGAGAAUGAGAAACAGCCGGGACAGGCUCCUGAACAGUUACCGCCAGAUUGGGAGCAGUAUGCCAGGGAGAGGUCAGAAUGCCCUUCUAGUGCAAGAGGUGAUGGAAGAAGAAUGGAAGUCUUUGCAGUCAAGCGAGUACUGUCCAGAGGCUUUGGCUCAGUUGAGCUUGCCAAUGGACUUGGCUGUGYUAGAGGAAAUCCAGCAGGAGCUGAUUGAUCAAGAACAGUCUAUCAUCAGCGAGUAUGAGAAGAGCUUGCAGUUUGAUGAACAGUAUCUCAGCAUCAUGCUGGCUGAGUGGGAAGCGAAGCCCCUCAUUUGUCCUGUUUGUACAAAGUACAACCUGAGAAUAACAAAUGGUGUGGUUGUGUGUCAAUGUGGCCUGUACAUCCCAUCUCAUUCUCCAGAAUUGUCAGAACAGAAGCUUCGUACCUAUUUAGAAGAUAGUGUAAAUGAUCACAGUACACAUUGUCCCCAUACCCCUGAAUUUUCAGUCACUGAUGGAACAGAAGAAAAGCCCAGUCUUCUCAUGUACUGUCUGGUUUGUGAUACAUGGGCUGUGAUCCUCUAGAGCCAGCCUGGACUCAUGUCAAAUCCUCAAAUCCUAUAAGAGGAUUUCCUGUAUGUACAGAUCUUUUACUUAGAAUUUAUCUUAUAUUAAAAUUUUUCAAACA